UGUGAACUUAAAGUUUACCUGUGCUUCUCCCUCUUUCCUACCAGUUGCAGACACCACCUCGUGUACUUGUCCAAUCACGAACCAAUUCGCUAUGGCCGCGUCUGCCUUGCAACUGGUGGAGUUCCGAGAAGCUUUCUGCCUAACAAUCCUCUCGUGGUUACUCUGCGGGACACAGAGUCUGUUGUCCAAUUCCGUUCGCGCCUUGCAGGUGCUCGGCGAGUCCUAUUGGUCGGCAAUGGAGGCAUAGCUACCGAAGUGGCCUACGAGAUCGAAGACUGUCAGGUGGUGUGGGUGGUGAAACAUGAGAAUAUUAGCGUCCCCUUCCUGGACACCACGGCCUCAUACUUUCUCCUCCAGUCUCGAAAAUCUGCUUCUCGAAGUACUGAGUCACAGUCAACAUCAACGACAGACGGCAAAACUGCUCCGCUCAUUCAAACUCUUCGCUACACCCUUGCUGAGCGUCAGCACGGCGGAGAGCCGCGUUUGGUGCCGGCGGAGGAGGCAAACGACACCACUACAGUUCCCUUCGGUUCGGCUUUGGGUCCAGAUUGGGCGCAGGGACUCAAGUUCACUGGUAUUAUGGGCGAAAAAGGUUUGGCGAGACCUCUAAAGUUAAGUUCUCACUACAUUGUCUACAAAUGUCAGGUAGUUGACACAUUUACACCGGAGGAAUUCAAGAAUUCUGGUCUGGUGCAGGUUGAGGCUGAUUCAGAGGGCAACCUACUACCUGAACCCGUUACCGACUGGCCCAUCUAUGUCCGGCUUACCACCGGUGAUGUCUACGGCUGUGAUUUCAUCAUUAACGCCACCGGGGUGGAUGCCAAUCUCGGCCCCGAGACUGCAAGCGGCGCCUACGCAUUCGCUAAGGACAACCCUACGCUCAAGGUAUACGCGGUGGGUGACUGCGCCUAUGCCGGCUGGGAACCCUCCCCGCAUUGGUUCCAAAUGCGUCUGUGGUCCCAGGCCCGCCAAAUGGCCUUCCAAGCCGCCAAGAGUAUGUUCUUCCACAGCCAGCAGAUUGCUGAUGUACCUCAAGACUUCUCCUUCGAGAUAUUCUCCCACGUCACCUUCUUUUUUGGAUUCAAGGUUUGUAUAACAUAA